GGGUGGAGGACGUGCGCAUGCGCCGCCGGCUCGGCGUGGUGGAGCCGUCGGGAAGAGCACGAGCCGAGUGGGCGGGUGAGUGCGAAUUGGCGGCCGAAGCUGGCGUCAAUUGACGCCGCAAAUUGAUGGGAUUCGCCGGGAGGCCUCAAGCAGCAUUGCAGGAUAUCCUGUUCAUUGGUCUUUGACAGUGUCACUGUGGAAGCACUUGAGUAGAAAUGUCACCAGAAGUUGCCUUGAAUAGAAUUUCUCCUGCACUUCGUCCCUUUAUCUCCAAUGUGGUUAGAAAUGGGAAAAUUGGUUUGGAUGCUACAAACAAUCUUAAAAUAACUGACCUUAAAUCAGGAUGCACAUCAUUAACACCUGGACCCUGUUGUGACCGGUUUAAGCUGCACAUUCCAUAUGCUGGAGAGACGCUAAAAUGGGACAUUAUUUUCAACUGUCAUUAUCCAGACCUUCCUCCAGAUUUCAUCUUUGGAGAAGAUAUUGAUUUUCUGCCUGAACCCACGAUGCUCCAUCAUCUGAAUGGCUGGAACUCCCAGAAUCCAGACUGUCUUCUGCUUGUUAUUAAAGAACUGGUACAGCAGUACCACAAAUACCAGUGUGAUCGACUCCAUGAGAGCUCACGUCUUAUGUUUGAAUACACAGCACUGCAAGAGGGACCUGAAUUCGGAGACAAUAUGGAAAUCUAUGCAGGGAGAAAGAAUAAUUGGACAGGUGAAUUCUCUGCCCGCUUCCUUUUGAAACUGCCAGUGGAUUUCAGCAAUAUCCCAACGUACCUUCUCAAGGAUACAAUUAUAGACCCAGGAGAAGAUGUUGCUCUUCUGUCAGUCAGUUUUGAGGAUGCUGAAGCCACUCAAGUGUUUCCUAAACUAUACCUCUCUCCAAGGAUUGAACAUGCACUUGGUGGGACAUCUGCUCUUCACAUCCCACCGUUCCCCAGUGGAGGCUGUCUCAUUGAUUAUGUACCCCAAGUUUGUCAAUUACUCACCAAUAAGGUGCAGUACAUCAUUCAAGGCUACCAUAGAAGACGGGAGUACAUCGCAGCCUUUCUGAGUCACUUUGGAACUGGUGUUGUGGAGUAUGAUGCUGAAGGAUUUACCAAGCUCACGUUAUUAUUAAUAUGGAAGGACUUCUGCUUUUUAGUUCAUAUUAUUUUUUAGUUGCCUUCUGUUGGUUUUUAAAAGCUUCCACUGUUCCCACUACUGGUUUAAGAUGGCACUACUGAACAUGGGCGACAUUCAACUAAAUACUCUUAUGAAGAACACUUAUUAUAUGGAAAUUCCGGAAAAUGAUCACUGCAAACAAUGAAGAGGCAAGUGAAAGCGAGACUAAUCCAAGGGUCGAGGCAUGUGGGUGCAAUACAGAGCAAGAGGGAGGUCCAUAUGUGUUCCAGGAGGUGGAGUUGCAAUCGGAGACGUAGUUGGAGCGGGUGGAGUGGAGAAAAGCUGCAGUGGAGCUGUUUAGGAGUCUGUCCAGCUAAACCAGGAUCAAGGUUUUAAUCCAUCUAAGUGCUGCGCUGAUUUGGAAAGGUCAUGCACGGAACGGAAGCAGCCCAGAGCAUAUGGAUGCAGCAGCGCUGGAGCUCAGGCGUGAGUUUGGGGUUGACCCGAUGCUUGAACAAUUUAUACACUGGGCCAGAUGGACUGAAAAGGCAAGGUUGUGGGACUGGAGGCGAGAGUAGAGCCAGCUCUGCUCCACAACAUUUUGCUCCGCUCUCCUUGGCACUGAAGCUGAUGCUGUGUUCCAGGCUUAGUGUCUGCGAGCUUUGUGACGAUUUGCCCGUGUGAUGGAUUGAGAUUGAGAUUAUGGGCCCACUCCAGCUUGUCCCAGCUUCAGGUUUAUGGAUUCAAUUUCAUUCUGAAUGCUGAUGCUUGCUUUAUUGUUUGCAUGAUCUGAUUUGAUUUGUUUUUCUCUCUGUCUCUCUGAGCAGUGGCUGUUGGUCUUUUAUUUAACUGGGUUCUUUUCAGGUUUCUUGUUUUGUGACUGCUUGUUAAGCUGAAGAAU